GGUGGCCAUGAGGGCUGCGGGGCCGUGCGGGGAGUGCGGGGAGCGGGACACGGGCCGGUACCGCUGUCCGCGCUGUGCCGCCACAUACUGCUCCGUGCGGUGCUGCCGGACCCACCGCGAGCGCUGCGCGCCGAAUCCCAGCGGGGAGCGGGACAAGGGGCAGGGACCCCCCGCGGCCCCGCCGAGCCCCGCACAUGGCCCCUGGUCCUUGGAGGACAUCCUGGGCGAGGAGGACGAGCAGGACCGAGUCCCGCUGCAGAAACUCAAGCUUUUAGGGGAGUCAGAAGAACUGAAGGGUUUGCUGCUGAACCCACACCUCCGGCAGCUGCUCCUCACCAUCGACCAGGCAAAAGACAAAAGCUCCCUCAUGAGGAGGUUCAUGCAGGAGCCCCUGUUUGUGGAGUUUGCAGAUUGCUGCCUGAGCAUUGUGGAGCCUCCCGAGAAGGAGAACAUCCUCCCCGAGUGAGCCCGUUUUCCUUUCCCUGAGGUCUUGUGCUGCAGAGCUGCUCCAUUCGGUGUCUCUCCUCGGGGUCUGGUCUGUGAUUUCAAUUUGGAGUUGACAGUGAGAGAUUUCUAGAGACUGGGGCUUGAACUUGACACUCUGUGGACCUGCUUUGUGUGGGUACAGAAAUGCUGGCAGCCCGUGGGAAACGUUACUUCACAGCGACAACAUUAAAUAUAUUUGCGUUUAUUUUUAAUCAACAAAUACUCUGCCAUGUUUUUGUUCAUUGUUUGGGGUGGUCAGACACCUUGACAAGGCAUUGAGCAGAUUCUUUAAAAUGACAUACACGGAGGAGCUGAACAUUUUCGAGACCCAGGAGCAAGAGAAGGACGGUACAGAAGCACCUCUGAUGAGACCCCUGGCAGGGCAGUGCUGUUUGGGGAGCUCUGGAAAUGCCUGGCAGCUGUGAGAGCUCAGAGAUUUUGGUCAGAGAGAAAAAAAAAA